AUGAGACGCAGUAGUCUGACCAGAGACACUCCAGCACGCAGGCCCUCCCUCCGCGGCACUGCUGCUUCCAACAACACAGAAGCCAGCAACAUGGCCGACCUAGGAAAGAAGUACUGCGUAAACUGCCUUGCAGACGUUACGAAUCUGCGGCUUCGCUGUACUGACUGUCCAGAUAUCGAACUUUGUCCGGAGUGCUUCUCCGCGGGUGCAGAAAUCGGUAAUCACCGGCGAUGGCACGGGUAUCAGCAAGUCGACGGCGGGCGCUUCACCCUCUGGGGUCCCGAAGCGGAGGGAGGAUGGACUAGCAGGGAAGAGCAGUCGCUCCUCGACGCGAUCGAGCAAUAUGGCUUUGGAAACUGGGAGGACAUGGCCACUCAUGUAGGGGCAUCUCGGACCCCCCAGGACGUCAUGGACCACUACAUCGGCAUGUACAUCCAUGGCAACCUGGGAAAGGCCUGCGUCCCCGACAGCAUCCCCAACCGGGUGACGGAUCACACCUGCCCCAGCGGUGGCCCCCUGUCCCCCAGCCUCACCACCCCCCUGCCUCCCCUGGAUGUGACCCUGGGCGAGCAGCAACAGCUGGGCUAUAUGCCGCUCCGCGACGACUAUGAGAUGGAGUACGACCAGGAGGCGGAGAAGCUCAUCAGUGGCCUGUCGGUCAACUACGACGAUGAAGACGUGGAGAUCGAGAUGAAGCGCGCGCACGUGGACAUGUACGUGCGCAAGCUCCGCGAGCGCCAGCGCCGCAAAAAUGUGGCCCGCGACUACAACCUGGUGCCCGUCUUCCUAGGCCGCGACAAGAAGGAGAAGCAAAGCACGCUGGGAGUUGUAGGUGGUGGUGGCGUCGUUGUCGGAGCGGUGGGGAGCCUUCCGACGCCAACCACUCCCGCGGUGACGCCGGGAGCUCCAGCCGUCCCGACGGUGCCGAAGCGUAAGAUCCCCAAGGAGGAGAAGGAGCAGCGGAUCAAGUUACGGGGGAUGUGCCAGUUCAUGGCUCAGCGGGAGUUUGAGGACUUGUUCCACAACAUGCACAAGGAGCGCGUGCUGCGCGCCAAAGUACGGGAGCUGCAGCGCUACCGCCGCAACGGUAUCGCGCGACUGGACGAGGCGGCCGAGUACGAGGCGGCGAGGCACAAACGGGAGAAACGCAAGGAGAACAAGAGCGUAGCUACCUCGAAAACGGGCCGGGGCGGAGGGACAGGGGGAGGGCUCGGCGGAGGGACAGGAGGUGGCGGAGUCAUCAAAGAGGAGGGCAAGGAUGGCGAGUUCCCGGCCAUAGAGAACCUGGCGGGCUUCGAGCUGCUGUCAGACCGGGAGAAGGUGCUGUGCAAUUCACUUAACCUCAGCCCCACGCGCUACCUGACUGUCAAGACAAUCAUCAUCAAGGACCACCUGCAGAAGAGCCAGGGCAUUCCCUCCAAGAGCCGGCUGCCCAGCUACCUAGACAAGGUGCUCAAGAAACGCAUCCUCAGCUUCCUCACAGAGAGCGGCUGGAUAUCCCGGGACACAUCCUAACAAUCCAUUGGGUUUGUAGGGACUGGGACACGUUCUAACAAUCCAUUGGGUUUGUAGGGUCUGGGACAGGUCCUAACAAUCCAUUGGGUUUGUAGGGUCUGGGACACAUCCUAACAAUCCAUUGGGUUUGUAGGGUCUGGGACACAUCCUAACAAUCCAUUGGGUUUGUAGGGAUUGGGACAGGUCCUAACAAUCCAUUGGGUUUGUAGGGAUUGGGACACGUCCUAACAAUCCAUUGGGUUUGUAGAGACUGGGACACAUCCUAACAAUGUGUAUGGAGUUUGUGGGAUUGCAGAGGGACAAUGACUCUUGUUCUCUGUUGGAUUGUUGCGUCUCUGUGUCUUGUUAUAAACAAUGUGAGAUGUCGUAAGUUCCAGAUUGGACCAAGCUGAAUUUUACCACCUUUUGUCAAGUUCUGACCCAAGUCGUCGACCACCGGACUGUUUGUGAAUAUGUACAUUGCAAAAGAUUUCCUCUUUCUUAAAAAAAAGUUUGGAUACCAUUUACUGGAGAACGUGGAACAAAUCUAUAUUUUUGUAUUUGCAUCCAUAUGAAUGAUAAUGUAUGGGUAGGUGAUACAUUCUCUUUAUUGCAGUGAAGGAUCACCUAAUACUACUGGGCAAACCAGACAACACUGUUUUUCAAAGCGGUUCUCAAAGUAUAAAUAGUUGUGUAGUUUGUCUUCAGCUUCCUGUUAGUAUGGUCCCAGAUCAGUUGGUGCCAUCUUGCCAACUCUUAUGGUCAUUGGCAAGACGAUACAAACAGAUCUGGGACCAGGCUAGCUUCCUUUUAGGUUAGGAUGUUGUCUUGGAGAGCACAGGUUAGUGCCUAUUCAAACAGCAAUACAGCCGCACUGUGUUGGAAAGCAGGGGUUAUCAUCAUCAUUCUUACCAUGAAGAGAUGGCCUGCUAAGCAUAGAAGGGUCAGUAUUUGGCAGCUAACGCUUUCAUAAAGCACUGCUGUAAUCCCCAUUAUGACGCUGUAGCUUCGUGGUGUUGUCAGGCUCAGAAUGUGGCACUGUGAGGGGAGUAGAUAAGCCUAACUCCUCCAUACUAUUCUGUUGCACGUUUUCUGAUUCUAGUAGGCGGUUCACUCUACUCGACUUCUAAAGAAAAUAAAAAGCUUUAAAUAUCGGCAUUAACCAAUGACAUGCGAUCCUAAAGCACAAAUCAAAAAUGUUGCAUAUCUAUUUUUUCCACCCCCGGUUAAGUUUGCCUGCCCCUUGUUUGGAGGGGCGUUGUGGGGUUAACGGUGUGUCGUCCUGCCAGACUGGUUUUAGCCUCUUCAUGGAUACGCGCUGCAUGAUUAUUGUAUUGUGACUUGUUGCUUGCUGUUUAGUUUGCUACUGUUCCAUCUAUUCAAAGGGAGUGAAGUCAUCGUUAAAAAAAAACCUACAUUUGCUCCAUCUAUCUUCCUGGUUCCUUGUUUUACAGUCACAUCUUUCAAUUAAGGCUAGUGCAGUGGUUCUCAAAGUGGUUCUCGUGAAACCGAAUGGGGAAAAUACCUGUUGAUGUUUAGAACCACUGGGUUACUGUUCACAUAUGGCCUUGCAAGAACACUAUCAAAGGGCAGAAAUAUUCUGGUAGAAGAGAAAAAGGACUGCCACAGUUGGUUUUAGACCUGGUUUUCCAUUUAUGUGAAAUGUGUUUGUUCCAAGCACGGGUGCUUUAAAAUGUCCCGUGGCACCUUCUCCCUCCGAUGUCCAGUUAGCCUGUUUAAAACAGAGGUGAACUUCAGUAGAAAUGUGGGGUGGGUUGUAUAGAAACAGUAUUACAUUAGACACUGUGAAAUAAUGUUGUGACUGCAUUCGUAUAGGCCUUAAUAUUAGCAUUCCAUAAUAGUACAUUUACCAUACCACAGAGGAAAUAAAAAUGCUAUAUUUUUCUUCCCCAUAAGCCUCUGAGUAUCCGGACACUGACAAGGCCCCUUGGUUCUCCCAUCAUCUACUUGAAGAUUUUUAUUUUUGUCCCAAAAACUGGCAUAGUUCACAAUCAAAGACUACAUAUCUCCUUAUCUGGUUUAAGGCGAAAACAACUGUUCAAGGGUGUUAGUAUGUUCUGUAUUAAAAAUGAAAAUCCUUUAUACUG